ACAUCUUUUUCUAUUAAAAAAGUAGCACUGGUGAUUAUUAAUUAAUUAAAUUAAUAACAUUUAUGUACCGCCCCUCAUCACAAGAUCUCAAGGUGCUUCUCAUGACCCCCCCCCCAAAAAAAGUACCAAAAAUGUUGCAACAUCUUUUAUUAUGGUAGGAGCUGGUUCAUUGGGGGUUGGUUACAGGUUUUGAUCAGGCGUAUUUACUUCCUGUGCAUGGCAAGGAAACUGUAGAGAAGUGGUAACUAGAUGUGCCUUACUCUAGGGUUACAAUUUGCUUACAAUCCUUGAAUCAGAUGAUUCAGUAUGUCAUCCUCCCAAACCACGCAUUACUUGUCAACUGCGCGCACUGAUUUAGGGGCUGGUCUGCAUGGUAGAAUAAGGAAUUGUCUGUGCAGUUGACAGUGUCUUGUCUGAUUUAAGCCUUCCCCACCCCUAGUGUCCUAUGUGUUGACUUCCUGUGUACAUGAAACUUGUGCAGUCAUGCAUGUAUAACUUGUACACUGGAGGCAGGGAUCGAAGGCUUGAUCCCACUUCCACCUUAGUUGCAUUGAGUCUACGCAGAUUUUUAACAUCUCCACAGGUAAUUUUGACUGCAGUUGUGUGCUUACUUAUCUGGAAAUAAAUCCCAUAGAAUUAUGGGGCUUACUUCUGAGUAAACAUGGAUUGGUUUGUAAGGGCCUUUUGAAAGAAUAUGGCUUCACAUGGGUCUAGCCGGGGGACGGGGACGGACGGACAGCUGCCCCCCAAAUCAAUAAAAAUACAUUGCAAACUGAGGUUCUGCCCUACCCAACAAAAAGCCUGCCUGCCCCCAACAAUAUCCUGGCUACACCCAUGGUUUUUGCAGAGGGAGUAUACAGUACUGCUGAGAAUAAUCCAAACACUGUUUCUCUUCAGGACUUCUGUAAUAUAGUAUCACACAAAUGAGUUGUGUUAGCAGGGAAAACUCUUCUUCCUUCAGUAAGUUUGGGAGAGUUCUUCUUAGGCAGCCAGUUUUCCACAAUAAUGCAAGCAAAUUUUGGCAGCAUUUACCCAUAAAAUUUAAUGUAUUAAAAUUAGGAUACAGCCAUUAUGCCUAUUACCUUGUUCUUCUGUUCAUCACAUCACCCAGUCUUCUCCUCUGUGUGCACUGAGGGCUAUUUAGCAUCUUGCUCCUGGUCAUUGAUUUUGACUUUGGGGUCUAGGAAAUGGUCAUUCAGAGUGAAUAUUUUUGGCAGUAUACUUCAAUCCCAAGUAUUUUAAUUGAACUUAUUUACAAAUAUAAGCAUUUAUUGAAUGUUUACUCUGUUUGGAAGUAGGCACUUAGUAAGCAGUGUUUGAGAAAAGGACAUAGCAGUAUGUGGAAGGUGUUGUACAGUAUUCCUUUGUGUAAAAAAAACAUUGCCUGUUACUGUACUGCCACAAGUGUGGACAGGUGUGGGGACUGGCAAAGUCUUCCUUUGUUGGAACUGGACAUGCUGCAUCUAGUACAUUCAGUUCCCAGUAAGAAUCUCAUUUGGACAUGCUCUAACUCCCAAGUACAUUCAAUUUAAAUUGAGGCUGGCUUCUGGAAGUGUAUGGUGUGUUCCAGUCUGGCUGCACUGGCACAGAAGUACAAUUGGAAAGGGCAGUUAUUUUAAAUAAAUAAUGGGGGGAAAUGUAGGUGUGAGAUUUUAAUGCCAUCUAUUCUAUGUUGAAUAACAGAAAUUAGAAUUUGAAAAUUCAGUCAGAUUGUCUACAGCCACCAACAGUAGAUGCUACAAAAUUGUUCCCUAGUAGUCUAUAUUUCUGUAGUGCACUAUCAGUGAAGUUUAUAUUUUAAUAACCUUAGCAAGAGAGCUUCCCUCUAUUAAAUAACUCUUGCAUGCUGUACGUUGAGUAACAUAUUGGAAACAUCUCUGUGCUGCACAGCUGCCCAAAUAAGAAAUGGCUAAGUAAUGAGAGAACUGAGGAGCAUAAACAAGUGUUCAUAUUUGAUAAAACUGGUUACUGGAAAAUUAACAUUUAUUCUCUUUUCCCUCAUUGGCUAGAACUCGCUUUCCUUUGUGUGUGCUAACACUGGUGCUUAAUUAUUAUAGUGACACCCGUUUGCAGUAACUGGACUGUGUCCCUGUUGGGUCCUUCUUAUGCCACUGUAAUAUGAAACUGUCAGGCAAGGCGGUCUGUGCAUUAUAAAUAGGGUACUUCAUCCAUGAUAAGCGAUUAUUAUCUUUCUUUCCCAAGUGUAAAAGGCCUAUAUAACUCAAGAAGGUGCGAGUGAUUUAGGCCUCCUGAGUAAGGCUCCAAUGAGUCCUGAAGGGGACCCUACCUAUGUUGUUGUCUUGUUAUUGAACUUGAAAUAUUCAAUUUAUUAUAGUGGAAUAUAUUUUCAGAAGUCAGCACUGGAUAAAAUAAUGUUGCAGGCUGUUAGACCAACAGUAGCACACGAUUUAAUGCCCCUCUGUGAUGGCCUUCUAAAAACCCUCAUCACCUUUGUUAUAGAAGAAAAUUACUAUUGACAUUUACUAACCAUACGUGAGGAAAGGCUGUGCAGAAUUAUAUCAAUUAUUUAAAAAGAAAAUGCAUUUAUGUGGUCCUUUUAUUCUAUACAAUUUCCUUUUGUUGCGCUAUUAGGUUUUUCAUCCAGGCAACUACUGCAUGUGAUGGGCUGGCCAAUUCACAAACCCAUUAAGUCAGAACACUUGCAUUUAAAUCCACUUGGCCCUUUUGAAAUAAACUGCCCCAAAGACAAUCAGACUGUCACCCUCAUGCCUAUAACCCAUUUACUUGUAAGAAAGUAGUACUAUUAAUUUCAGUGGACAUUACUUUCAUAUAAGCAUGCAUAAAAUUGCAGCCUAAUCACUCAGUCAGUUGUACAUAGAAUCAGGUGCUACAUUUUCCCUGCUUCUGAAAUCACAAUUUUUCUAAUCUAAAUAAUCCCCCCACAAAGAUGCUAUAAGUCACAUGGAGGAAAUAAAACAGGUACCUGAACUAGAUGGCCCAUCGGCCUGACUCAGCAUAUGGUAGCAUCAUAUAUUUUAUUCUGUUGCUCUUUUAUGGUGAGCCUCCUAUCUCACCUGAAUCCUGAUUAACCUACCAGAUUUCUUCUGGUCUACCUAAACUUUCUCACUGUGUUCCAGUCUGAUUGUCCUUUAUUCAGUUACACAGCUGACCUGGAGAAGCUGACCUGUUAGAAUCUUGAAUGUAAAGGUUAAUGAAGUAGUUUCUACCCAUUCCCUCUUGAGAUGUUCACACUUCUGCUGUUGCACACCUUAAUAUUUAAACCUUGGAUUUUCAGAUCAUGCUUGGGAGAAUCCUUGAGCUUCCUUUGAGGUUAAUCUGGUUUCCUUGGUGAAAAAAAUGGCAGUGGUGAACAAGCUUCCUAGAAUAGAUAUUUCCCUGCAACAAAGAGCCACAGGAUGGCUGGCAGUCAGGAGAGCAAUGCAUCCCUCUUCAGUGAUCAGACCCCAUCCCAGGAAAGUUCUCAAGCAAAAAGAUCCCAGAAUUAUGAAGAGGAGACAUUUUAUAAGAACUGCAGAGCAGCCUAUUUAGCUGUCUUCAAAAGCAGCUUGGAAAACAUUAAAUCAAAAGAACAACUGUGUUUGGUACUUCAGCAAGCUGGAAGAAAUCCAUCUCAGAAGACAGUUAAUAAAUACUGGACGCUGCAAACCACCACACUGAAUUUUGAUGAUUUUUGCUUCAUCUUAAAACAAGAAGAACCUGUUAGGAAAACAGAGCUGCUCAAAGCAUUUGCAAAAAUAGAUGUAAAUAAUGAGGGCUGUAUUUUACAUAGUGAGCUGCAUAAACUUCUUACAACUAGAGGUGAAAAAAUGACCCUUGAUGAAAUUAAUGCAAUCACCGAAUUGGUGGAAGUGAACAGUGAUGGAAAGUUUGAUUAUUACAAGUUUUGUAAAUUGUAUAUGACAACCAAUGAGCAAUGUCUGAAGAAUGCACUAGAGAAACUGGAGGUUGACAGUAAACUGAAGCGUCAGCAGUUUGGAAGUCAACUUGAGACUUCAUCAGAACUGGCUACAUCACUAAUAUCAAAAACAAUACCAAAAACUGCAAGGAAAACAGAAUCCAAACCAAUGCUAAAAAGAGGUCACUGCAAGACUUCUUCACAAUGUUCCUCAGCCCCAAGUUACAAAGCAUCUGUUUCUUCCACUAUCAGUAUGGGUGCCAGCAGCAACAAACAUUCGAAGCUCAUUGAGGCAAAUGCUGCAAAGGAAUGGCAACACACACAGUCCAAAGGAUGCUUCUUCUUAGAGGAAAAUGGAGAGAUAAUUAGUCAUAAAUAUAAGUUGUUUUUAUCUCAGAGAUCUACAGUAUGCAUAACCAUUAAUCCUGUGAACCUUCACGAAAUGGAAGGAAAACCCUCUCCUUGGUUAGUGGUGGACACAGCUUUGUACAUACUCAAAGAAAAUGAAGCUGAAGAAAACAUACAGCUUGUCGGCUUCACUGAGCUACGAAAUAAAGAGGUUUUUGGUUGGAGAGGGGAACUUGAAGGUGGUGUCUAUUGGAUAAUUCCUUUCACCACAGGCUGUAGAUUCAGAAAAUCAAAAAAGCAAAUUAGAAGAGAAGCCAAACUUGUACAUGGAGAUGGAGAAGUCACAGCUACCAAAGAGUUCCGAGCAGCCUUAUCAGAAAUAUUUGAAAUGAUUGAUUUGGAUGGGAAUGGCUUUCUCAGCCUGGAAGAGAACAACUUCUUUGAAAUGAGAACUAGUGGAGAAAAGUGUGAUGAAGAAGCUUGGGCCAUAUGCAAAGAGAAUUUUGAUAUGAAGAACAAUGAACUCACAAGACAGGGAUUUAUGGAUCUGAAUCUCAUGGAAGCCUGUCAACAAGGCAGGGAUCUUAGCAGCUUCUGGAUGACUUUGCAGUCAAUGGGCUACAACAAAGCACUGGAAUUGACUGAGGCAUGCCCCUUUUCCAUUCACGUCUAUGCAGAAAAAUGCAAACCCAGGAUUCAACCUGUUUGUCUGGAAGCAGGUGGUGAGCAACUUAAGACAGCCAUUUGUAUGAGUGUGGCUAAUAAAGGAGACGCUAAGCCGAUGGAUGCCAGUGAAAAUAUAGUUAUUCACACUUAUAAAAGUGAUACACGGAUCACGUCUGUUAUUGAAAAUAAGUCUGAAAGCAAAACAGUAAUUCACCUCAACAAUGAGCAAAGUAGAAACUGUGUCAGUAAUAGAGGGCUCAACACUUUUGCCAUUGAAGUGGCAUCCAACUCCAUGAUGGUCUGCCAGCAUGUGAUGCCACAGAAUGAGCAAGAAGAAUGGAUAUACAGCUGUGUUUAUUCUAUCUUGCCUUAAGCUAUCAUAGGUAGGAAAUGGCAUUCUCCUGGUCCUUGUAGAAAAGAUUCAAUCUUGCACUACACAUUGAUACAUGGAUGGCUUGAUUUAUCUCAUCAUUUUUAAAACCAAGAAUCUGUUCCUCAUUUUAGAUUAUUGUGGUUAACUUUUCAAGAAUCUGUAUCACAAAUCUUCAGCCUUUGCCUUUCUAUACCAUUUCAUACAUAAGCAGGGGACUUAACAGAGGUGGCCUGAGCCAAAGAACACGUUCUAAUAUUCCUAGGCAUUUCUGUGUAUAAAGACAAACAUCAGAGUGCAAUAUGAAGAUGAUGCCUCAUAUCAAAGGUUCUUAGCUCCACUUUCAAAACUGCAGCUUUCUGUGAUUGCAAAGCUGGCUGUGGCCUUUUAUCUGGAAUUUGGGUCUGAAAUGGUCGAUCAUGCAUUCAUAAUCUUAAACCUGUACUAUUGCUCCAUGUUCAUAUACAACUGGUCAUGAAGAGACUGCAAAAACUGCAUCUGUUAUAUAAUGAGCAGGUCCACCUCAUUCUCAGCCUUAUGGAUUGCCUGUAACCUCCAUGGUCUGUGUUAUCCUUCCUGCAGGUGAUGGACUUGACCUACAGAGCCCUUGAUAGCUAAAAUCCAUGAUAUUUUAAAUAUUAACCCCUCAUAUCACAAUAUCUAAGAUAUACCAAGAGGGCCCAGUUGAUUAUGGCAAGCAUGUGAGGAGUACAUAGAAUGAAUUUACAGAGCAAUAUUUGCAAUGGCUCAUCCACAAAAAUUAACUUACAUUUUUGAAGAGUAGCCAAAAUCUGAGCUUGCCAUCUUUUGGAAACAGUGUGAAAACAUUUUAUUUGUUCUGGCUUUGGGUGGUGAGAAUUAAUACAACCAAAAGCAAUAUUUAGCAUGACUAUUUUUAUGACAGUGUUAAUGUGUGGAAUAUAUAUAUAUAUAUAUAUAUAUAUAUAUAUAUAUAUAUAUGAAGUUGCUUUUUUCCAAGCUCUAUUCCUUGCUCUAAAUUGGAUUGGGGGUGGAGGGUUAAGACCAAGUAAAGAAACUGUGUUUAACCCAGCUCGGGUAUGAGAAUUGUAAACUGGCAUAAGCUUGCUCACCUGAGCUGUAAUAAACCAGGCUGUGUGCACGUUUAUCAGUUCUUCCCCUCCAUUCUAAAGAGUACAUCCAUUCAGGGUGGGACCAGACUGUUGGUGCUUAAACUAAAGAAGUAGCAAAGCAGCUUUUGAACUGAUUGUGGAAAGCCAACAGGAGCUGAGAAGUAUUGGCUCGGGAUAAAACAUCCCUAAGAGAUGUGGGUGAAAAUGUUUAUGAUUGUCCAAAUGUGAGAGGAUGAUACCAAAUGCCAUAAGGUGAAAUGCAUGUGCCAGAGGACAUUUGGAAAAAGAGAGCUGGCAUAGGUGUUUAUAUGCUCAUGCUAGAUAUUGACUAGAAUAAAGAUGGAUGGACUGGAGUGCUUGGUUUUAAAGGAGAGCAUGGAUGCAGAGAGCACAAUGGAAAUGUGGUACAGAAGGCAUGGUAUGAGAUACAAACACUAUACUGUGGAUAGGGAAGGGCACACUGGAGGUGGUGUUGCUCUGUACCUCAGUGAUGUUGAGUCAAACAAACUAGAAAUCCCCAUAGGGCAGACUCGUUCAGGGAAUUCCUGUGGGUGGCAAUACUGGGCCCAAGAGUAGUAUAGAACUCUUCAGCAGGAAUGCAAACUUUGCCACACACACACACACACACAGUAUCAGGCAGACAACCCAAGAUGCAAAUUAAUAAUUCAAUUCAAGGAGCACAUCAUUAAAGCAUUAAGAUCAACAAUAAAUAAUAUUUAAUACAUUAAAGGAGGAAAGCAGCUAGAGAGGCGGUUCAACUGUUGGAUGACAAAGGAGUGCUAAAGGAGGAAAAGGAGAUUGCAUACAGUAGUUGCAAAUAAUUUAAUCUUCACUGCAAAUGAUGUAAGAGAGAUCCCUGUGCUUUAACUAACUUUCUAAGGAAUGGAAUCUUGGGAACUGAAAUAACAGUAACAAGAGAUGAAAUUCUAGACUUUAUUGAUGAAAUAAAAACUGCCAAAUCAGCUGAUCCAUAUGGCAUCCAUCUAUGAUAGAAAUUAAUGUCUGUCAUGGAAAAACUGGUGGAAAGCAUUGUUAUAGCUAGGAUUGCUAAGAAUAUAGAAGAAUAAGUCUUGCUGAAGGAGAAACAGCAUGGGUUAUGAAAGGGGUAAGUCUUGUCUAACUAACCUUUUAGAGAUCUUUGAGAUGUUAACACUCUGAGCAUAUCCAGUAGAUAUAUUGUGUGUGUGUGUGUGUGUGUGUGUGUGUGUAGUAUCCCACCCUUUAUCCAAAGAUCACAGGAUGGUUCACAACAGAAAAUGAGAAUACAAAAUAUAUAAUAAAACUAAAACAAACCAAUAACCAACCAAUAACACAUUGCUACCCCUCUUUCUAGCAAGUCAUUUUGCCAGGGGUGUGGAACUUCCAGCUGCAAAUAUAAUUAAGCCCCCUCCCAAGCCCCAAUUUAGCCCAUAAGGCUAUUUCUUCCAAGCUGCAUCCACUUGACAUCAGGUGCAGGGGAAAUAAUAAUGGUGUGUGUGUACUGUGUUAUGUGUUCUAUUAUGCAGGGCAGGCCUUACCUCAAUAUUUUAUUCAAGUUGGCACCCCUGCUGCCAACACUUUCAGCUCCCACUCCUCUGCUGUUUGCUUGCUCAGAUACUGAUUCAAGCAAGGGGUGUCAGCUUACACUACAAUCCAAUUUUAAGUUUAUAUUGAGCUUAUCUGGCAGACAGAGGGCAUUUCAAAGAGGAUUCAAAGACCAUGUCCACCCCGUGGAUACAGGGUCUUUUCUUCUUCGCUGUAUUGUCCAUCAACUCUGAUGGAAGAAAACAAUGCGGCCGAGAUAACGGCCAUAUUAAGUUUAUAUUGAGCUUAUCUGGUGCACAAAGGGCAUUUCAGUUGAUGCAGUGACCCCGAACAAACUGGACAGGGCAAUGUUCUGGAAUUUAAAAUUAGGCCACAACUUUAUUGAUUCCAGGUGUAGGUUGGAUUUGGCUUAGGCAUUGGAGGGCUGGUGGAGGGCAGGCACAUGAUAGAGUCAAGCCUAGGAUUAAUGGGUCCUCCCCAAGACACAGGUCUACAUGGAUGACCCUCCCAAGCCACUGAAGAAAGCUCUGUGGCCCAUGUGCCAUACACCUUGGAUUUUGGACAGAGACUUCCAACUAGACCCCACUAAGGGGUACCCUCUUAUUGCACUAUUCUGUGGUGGCAUUGAUGCACCACUGCGUGCCACACACACACACACACACACACACACACACACCAGAUGUUAGACUUAAAGAAUUUCAUGCAAUGGCUUCUCUGCCAAAGUUGUGACUAUUGCUAUGGGGAAGGCAAAUCCAAUAUUAAGUUUAUACCGAGCUUAUAUGGUGCAUCAAUAUCCAUCAGAUUUGUAAGCUGUUAGGGGGAAAUGACAGGUCCUGUUAGGAACCAGUAAGUGUUUAUAGAACAGGAAGCAGAGAGUAGGAAUAAAUGGAUAGUUCUUACAAAGAAGGGAUAUAAGAAUAGGACAUUAUUUUGGAUUGGUGUUUUUUAACUUGUUUAUAAAUGGCCAAGAGUUAGGAAUGAGCAAUAAGGUAGCAAAGUUUGCUGACGAUACCAAAUUGUUUAUGACAGAACAGAAAGGAGCUCCCUUCCAAAUUGGAUGAAUGAGCAUCAAAAUAGCCAAUGUGAUUGAAUGUAAGCAAGUAUGAAGUGAUGUACAUUAGGGUAAAAAAUCCUAAUUUGAUGUACGUAUAUGUUUUCAAGUUUUGAAUUGGCAGUUAUUGGCACGGAGCAGUGGUGGAUAGCUCAGUGAAAAUGGCAACCCAAUGUAUGGCACCUAUGGAAAUAAUGGUUACCAUGUCAGGGUUAAUUAGAUAAAGAAUUGAGAAAAACUGAGCCAAUACAGGUAGGUCUUUGGUGCAACUGCACUUGGAGUACUGUGUACAGUUCUGGUUUUCACAUUUCAAAAGGGAGAACUGAAAAAGUUUCAAAAUACCUAUGAGGAAAUGUUACAACUGCCUACUAAAAACAGGCUUAUAAUUUAAAUAAGGUAUCAGAUUUAUAUGACCUUGUCUAAGAAAGUGCAAGAAGUCUUGAAAAGCUAUAUUUAUAUCACAGCCACUCUUGUAGACUGGCUUCUUAUACCGUAACAGGAUACUAGGCAAGUAAAUGUCAGUUAUGAAAUUUAAACCAUGCUUAGUCAAGUGCAGAAACUGCCUGCUUAAAUCUAUCUAAAACUGUUCUCAUAUAUAUGUUUGUGUGUGUGUGUGUGUGUGUGUGUGUGUAGAAGAAUCUGUAGAACUAAUGAAAAAUGUAUCUUUGGAAAGUAAUUUUUAAACAGAGAAGCUAAAAGAACAUGUUUAAGCGAGGAAUAAUAAAUGAACUGUGUACAGUAUUCUAAAGUGUAAGGAAGGCCUCUAAAGUACAGUAUAGAGAGAUAAGUAAAAAUAAUAAAUCAAGGUACUGGUUUUUUAAGUCCUAAAUUUACUUGUACCAUUAUAUCUUAAGAAUCUAGGCAAUUGUUCCAUCAGGGCAAGCAUAGUGUGAUUUUGUGUGUAUGCAAUUUUUUCCAUCACCAAACAUCUACUGAUCCCUUUUGCUGCUCAUGAAUAAAGGCAUCCAUUUACCAAGUACAGUAUUGUCAUGCAUGGUGUCUAUGGUGGUGCACACAGAACUGUAGAGCUGGAAGGGACCCUGAGGAUCAUCUAGUCCAACCCCUUGCAAUGCAGGAAUAUGCUGCUGUCCCAUAUGGGAAUCGAGCCUGUGACCUUGGUGUUACCAACACCAUGCUCUAACCAAACUAUCCAUGGAUUUUUUAUAUAUUGGACUGAAAAAAGCCAAACAAGUAAGUCACUUCUUUCAUAAAGUAAGGCUACAUGAUCUAGCACAAUUGUUGGAGUUACCAUCUAUACAACCCAAAGACAAGGCAGAAUUCUUGUUUUCAGAGGGCUUGCCAACGUGAGCCUGCCUGUACUGUAGCUGAAAGCAUCAGCCUCUGGUAAGCUAAUUUUUAAGAGCAAAAUAAUGAGAACAGCUUUUUGUUGUUCUAAAGUAAAUAAAGUUUCAUGAAAGUCAUAUAGGAUUUGCAAAACCAUGAUUAUACUUUGGUUUGUAGGAUGCUGAAUUAUUUAAUUUUAAGCGGUGAUGGUAUUAAGUUUUUUUAAAAAAAUAAACACCUUUAAAAAUAAUGACAUUAAUAUGCAUAAAUGAUUUGCUAGAUAAUUCAAAACACCAUCCUCAUGCCACACUCUGCAGGUUACAGCAUCAUGCAGAACCUGCAAGAGGUCUCUACAUGACUUCAGAUGAGGCAAGUCUCUCUAUCACUGACCUUUAUCCAAACAAUGUUCUAAAGAAGAAAAUGGUACUACAGACAGCAACUAGCUUGACUGGGGAAUCUGAUCUUUACUAUUUAAGGGCCCAAGAGCCAGCCAUGUGAAAAGAAAAAUGGAGAUGUACUCUGACAUGAAUUUGAUUAAGAACAUAGUUGCAUCCUAAUUGAGCAAGUUCCUAUGAACUUACGUAAGAGUCACAACAAGCUAUCAAUAUACUUACUGCUCCUGAAUAUGGCCAGCUAAGUCGAAGUUCACAUAGCUCUCACCCCAAGGGGUCAGAAGAGAGACACAAAGCUCUUCUUCACUCUUAACAGGAAAGCACCAGAAUACCUAAGUGGGGAGGAAAGUAUCAGCCCUAUUUAUCUUAAAAGCAGGUAGAAAACAUCAGAAUGUUGCCAGACUUGAGAAAGUGUGUUUAUUGAUGAGAUCGGUUGCAUUGUUCUGUGUUGAAAGAUGAAAAAUGGUCCAGUUAGUUGUGAAAAGGGGUCGGAGUUAGUACCUAAUCCUUAAACCAGGUUAGUGACCUGGCUCGAAAUAGCUAACUACUAUCGAUGGUAUGUUCAUGGCAUUCCCUAGGCAUGUUAACGAUAGGUCAUUAACAGCAGAAUUGGGGAGUGAUCCAAAAGGUAUACGAGUUAAGUAAGAACACAGUCAUAAGUUAUGGAGAACUUUUUCUUUUUGAUUAUUUGUAAGUAUUUAUUUUUUAUAUUCUUAACUUGCAUAUAAAUAAAACCUAUCUUUAAAAAGUUAUGGUGGAAUAUUAGAGCUCAAAAGAAACUUGCUGCACUCCACGUAGUGCAUGGGAAACCGCCUUUAAAAAAUAAUGAUGCAGCACAGUAUUUCUAAGACUCUUUGAAAGGAUUUGCUCAUAUAGAGUUAGCCACCAUGAUGCUCUGCAGAUGUUGUUGGACUCCAACUGCCAUCAAGGAUGGGAAGCCAUCAAGGAUGGGAACUAUAGUCCAACUUUUGCAGGGCACUAUGUUCGCUACCCUGAUGUACAGCAACCAUUUUUUUAAAUGUUCACAAGCCGUAUGUCUCUAAUGCACUGCUGUUUCCCCUUCCCUUGAAUUGUUCUUUCAGAUUGGCCAUUUAGUAAUUGGACAGAAUGGAAUCCUUUCUACCCCAGCCGUCUCCUGCAUUAUUAGAAAAAUAAAAGCAAUUGGCGG